CAAAUGCUUUGUCGGAAGAAGGCCAGACCUUCUGCUCAAUUCUCGCCUCAUCUUCAUCGGAGGUCCAUGCAAGCAAGGCAAACAAUGAGCGUCACCUACUUCAUCUCGCAACAACAACCGAAACGCUUCAUUCAAGUAGGCUGUUUGUCUAAGGCAACUAUCUCCUACCUAUUUCGAAGGUAGCGCAGGCUAGCAAGUUAUCGACAACGGUCAGAUUGGCAGAUAUCCACUUCUUGGUUGCAAAACAUUAUCGGCAUCAACGUCCUGCGUUUACCAACGAGACGUGUCCUCCCACCAUCGCCCGUCACCACCACAAUCUGCUCCAUCUAUCUUGACCAACUCGAAAACCUUUGAACCCCCUCAAAAUUAGAAUUAAUUUUUAAAAUGUCUGCAGAGGAAGAAGCCAAAAAGGAAGGAGGUGAUGAUGCACCAGUUGUUUCUGCCACAGCUGCUCUGCUAGGUCCCGAAGAGAAUGGGGGAUUUCGCCUGUACUUGAAUGAUGAUCGCAAGAAUCUGGAUUGUCGAUUCUAUGAAAACCAGUUCCCUGAAAUUGAGAGUGUGGUCAUGGUGAAUGUGCGUUCCAUUGCCGACAUGGGUGCAUAUGUGAGCCUGCUCGAAUACAACAAUAUCGAGGGAAUGAUCCUGCUGAGUGAACUGUCACGUCGUCGUAUUCGAUCCAUUCACAGACUCAUCCGAGUCAAUCGCAAUGAAGUCGUCAUGGUCCUGCGUGUCGACAAAGAAAAAGGAUAUAUUGACUUGUCCAAACGUCGAGUCAGUCCAGAGGAUGUUGCUGCUUGUGAAGAUCGUUUCAACAAGGCCAAAGCUGUCCAUGGUGUCUUUCGGCAUGUCUGUGAACGAAGAAAGUUUCACCUUGAAGAUGUCUAUGAAAGAAUUGGCUGGCCACUCUACAAGAAAUAUGGGCAUGCCUAUGAUGCCUUUCGCCUAGCCAUUUCUGAUGAAAAGAAUGCCGUGGAUCCUUUUGACGAAAUUGAUGUCCCACAGGAUCUGAAAGAUGAAAUCAAAACAUACAUUCUACGGCGAUUGGCACCUCAACCCAUCAAGAUCCGAUCUGAUAUUGAAGUCAGCUGCUUUACUUAUGAAGGGAUUGAUGCCAUUCGCGAUGCUCUAUUCGCUGGCAUGGCUGCUGGAACUGACAAUUCACAAAUCAAGAUCAAACUCAUUGCACCUCCUAUCUAUGUUAUGUCAACAACCACGCUCGAAAAAGAAGUUGGAAUUGCCCUGCUCAACUCGUCUAUUGGUGUCAUUCGCGAAAAGAUCUCCGCAAAGGGAGGCAAAAUUGAUGUGAAAAUGGCACCCAAGGCUGUCAGUCUCAAGGAAGAAACAGAAUUGCAAGCUAUGAUGGAACGGUUGGCUCUCGAAAAUGAAGAAGUAGAUGGUGAUGCACCAGAGGAGGAGUAAAGAAAGCAAUGCAGACAAUUACCAAUACUAAUGCCACUAAUUAUAACAGGAAAUGCUACAUGUGACAUUUCUAUGCACCACUAGACUGAAGAGUAUACAACACAUGAGGGCCCAAUAGCAAGGUAAGGUUUGCUCCUUCUUGUUCUCUUUUGUCAACUGCUACUGG